GUUCUCCGUCCGAGAAACAAAAUCCUCCGCGCAGUCAAGUCAGGCCACUUUCCCUUGCCCUCUCCUCCAUCCCCAUCAAUUGAAUAAAAAUCGAAAUAAUGGCUUCCUCAAUUCGACCGGCGAGCCGCAUUCUGGCGCGUGCCUCGCGCGCUUCCCCGUUCUCGCUCGAGUCCACGACCUUGAAUCGGACCCUUGCACGGACGACCGUGAACACCCAAACAGCCGCCGCCUGCACAUUGAACAAUGGCACCACCACCACCACCACCAUCGCCCACCGCGCCUUCUCGACCUCGCGGGCCCACCUCAAGAAAACCCCGACGAUGGGCCAGCUGAAGGCGCGCAACUCGACGGGCCCGUUCUCGUGGAAGUCGGCGCUGCUGUUCGUGCUGACGGGCGGCGGCAUGAUCAUCUAUUUCCGGGUGGAGAAGGAGCGGCUGGAGCGCAAGCGCAUCGCGGAGAUGAGCAAGGGGGUGGGCAAGCCCAAGGUCGGGGGGCCCUUCACGCUGAAGGAUCUGGAUGGGAAGGAGUUCACGGCCGAGGAUCUGAAGGGGAAGUAUAGUUUUGUCUACUUUGGAUUCACCCACUGCCCGGAUAUCUGCCCGGACGAGCUGGACAAGAUGGCCGAGAUCAUCGACAAGGUCAACGAGGCCACCGGCGGCGAGAAGAUCUUCUUGCCCGUGUUUAUUACCUGUGACCCCGUCCGCGAUACGCCCGAGGUGCUGCGCGAGUAUCUGAAGGAGUUCCACCCGGGCAUCAUCGGGUUGACGGGCACGUACGACCAGGUGCGCAAUGUGUGCAAGCAGUAUCGCGUGUACUUCAGUACCCCGCGGGAUAUCAAGCCGGGAGAGGAUUAUUUGGUCGACCAUAGUAUUUACUUUUACCUUAUGGACCCGGAUAACGACUUUGUGGAGUGUAUCGGCCGCCAGGACACGCCCGAGUCCGCCACGCGGACUAUUAUGGAGCACAUCAACGACUGGAAGCGCGAGGGCAAGCCUUUGAGGAAGGAUUAGAUUCGUGGUUGUUUGGUUUGGGGGGCCCAAUAUGAUGUACAAUAUAAUACCCUACUCUGUAAAAUGUGAAGAAACUGAAAAUGUUCGCGUGA